AUGGGUGGCAUUCCCUGGCAAUCUCAAGGCUGUUAUACGUGUCGCAAGCGAAAGGUCAAGUGUGAUCUCGGAAAACCGCAAUGCGACAGAUGCAUCCGGACAGGCCGUGUCUGCGCCGGCUACGACAAGGAACGGCACUUUGUGCACACCUCCUCCAUGAACCUGCGGAGGUCGUGGCGAUCCGUCCUGGAUCCUCCCCCUCAAGGAACCCAUCGUGGCAGCAACCGCAGUCGUGCCCCUCAGUCACGACGUCGCGCCGGUGAUGGAAUUCGAAUUCUUGCCUCCAUGCCGUGUCCUGUCUCGUCCUCCAUCGAUAUGGCUCCGGAAUACCGGGCUCAGCUUCUCGCGUUCUUCAUGAAUGCCUAUAUGUCUCCGUCCCCGGAGCAUUCGCAGAUGGUCAAGGCCAAUAUGAUCCUCGAAUUGCCGGAUCAGUUGGGACGAACAUGCAUUCUAGAUCAGGCUAUUGUCGCGCUCUGUUCUGUCUUCGUUGGCAUUGUAAGGAAGGAUGCGUCUCUGCAACAGUAUGGAGGAUCGAUGUAUGGGGCUGCCAUGCAGGAUCUGCGGAUUCAUAUUCAGCAUGCUGAGCAGCCUAGCGAUAGUGUCUUGUAUGCCAUUGCGGUUCUGCAGGUCUAUGAGAUCAGAGAAGCCAUCAUCAACCGCAAAGCAGCGUCUCUCCCCCAUCCACGCCUCAGAAACGACACAUACUGCGCUUUUGAUGACCUAGGCGCCUUGCUCGUUGAAGCCACAGCUCUGCUGGAAUACUCGGACCUGCAGAAAAACCCAAAGCUUCGAAAUCAAGAGACCUGCCAGAAGUUGCUGCAGCAGUGUCUGUUUCUGCGAGAUAGACUGCAAGUCUGGUAUGCUGCGGUGCAGGAUCGAUGCGGACAACCGCUACCGUGGACGGAUGAGGAUACAACAUCGUCUUCUCCGGGUUCUUCGUCUGCUUCAUUUUCUUCUUCCCCUUCACCUUCGUCAUCGUCAUGGUCUUCUUCUUCUUCUUCUCCUCCUCCAACAAACCCAAUGCAAGACAAAAACGCAUUUACAUUCGUCUCUCUUUCCGCCGCGCAGAUCCAUAUAUACUUCUGGCUCGCUAUGCUCCUCCUCCACCAGAUCCUCGAUGAUCUGUACAAUCUCACCACCCCAGUCCACACCCGCAUACUCCUACCAGGACAAUAUCAAGACCAGUAUCAAUAUCAAUAUGAAUAUCCAUCUCCUUUAUCGCCACUUCUCGCGUAUGCAUGUGCACACCCAUACACAAGCGAAUCCGAACCGGACAUCGGCACAGACGACUACCAAGACCAGCUAUCGCCAUCCCUCUCCCAAGCCCACUACUACGCAACCUCCAUCUGCCGUUCAUUCCGCUACUGCACAGAUCCAAGCAUGAAAGUGCUGGGUGCCUACAUCAUCCUCUUCCCGAUAUGGAUGGCAAAGGCGUUCUUCAGUCGGUGUCAGGGGAGGCUUGGUGCUUCCUCUGCCGCUGUCCCUACUUCUACUGCUGCUUCUGUUUUUGUUGCUGCUGCCAGAAAUAGGGAGAUGCUCGAGUGGUGUCGGGAUGCGCUGGGGCAGAUGGCUGAGUUGGGGAUUUGUGCGGCUGGUGAUAUUUGGGAUCUUACGUGGCCGGAUGUUGUUGUUUGA